AUGGAGCAGGAGAUCCCGCCGGGGUAUGUCCCAGGCGGCCUUUUCGCCAAGAAGGUGGGCGAGAAGAUUACGACCCCGAACGGUGUCAUCUACGAGCCCAUCGAGCUGGGCACCGAUGGCAACUCCAACCGCGACGGGCCCCCGAGGUCAGGUGCAAACCUCGAGGUCAGGUUCGUGGGGCGGCUUAACGGCUUCGACGGCCCCAUCUUCGACUCCACGUACUUGCGCGGGCAGCGCAAGCCGAACAAGGCGGACUUCAUUGAGGCGAGGAUCAACGUGGACCCCGGCGUCCACAAGGGGAUGUGCGAGGCGCUGAAGCUGAUGAAGGUGGGCGGCAAGGGGCGGGCCAUCAUCCCGGGCGCCCUGAGCUACAGCGAGGGCAAGACCGACUACGAGGGCGACGAGGACGGCGAGUACAAGGGGAAGGUGAAGGCGGACCAGACCUUAUACUACGAGGUGGAGCUCGUCCGCAUCAUCAAGCCGUGA